UCCACGACGUUAAAACCAUCGUGGAAACCAAGGAUCCCGCGGAUAGAAUCACAAGAGACGGUCGUAGUGCCCGAAGACAAUUAUUAUCAAGAAAAAAAGGACAAGAACGGGAGGGCGCUAAGAAUAUGAUGAUGGUUCAUGUCGUCUACGCUGGGCAAGCAGACAAGCAGUCCAUCUGUCUCCUCUCAAGUCACUCAUGGCGGCGCCAAAGGAAUCACGGUGGAGCCUGGCCGGCAAGACGGCGCUUGUCACCGGAGGAACCAGAGGGAUCGGUACGACAGGCUUGCGAUCGUGGAGGAGCUGGCCGGCCUUGGCGCCAGGGUGCACACCUGCUCCCGCACCGCCGGCGACCUGAACACAUGCCGGCGCCGCUGGGUCGGCAAGGGCUUUCCCGCCGACGCGAUCACCAGCUCCGUCUGCGACGUGUCCUCGCAGCGCGACAGGGAGGGCCUCGUCGGCACGGUGCGCGACCUCUUCCAGGGCCAGCUCCACAUCCUCGUCAACAACGCCGGCCAAUCCAUCUACAAGCCUGCCGCGGAGACCACGCCCGGCGACUACGCCCGCCUCAUGUCCACCAACCUGGACUCGUGCUUCCACCUGACCCGCCUCGCCCACCCGCUCCUCCAGCGAGCAGACGGCGGCGCCGUGGUGGUGCACAUGUCCUCCGUCGCCGCCUUCAUCGCGUACCCGGCGCUGUCCGCCUACUCGGUCAGCAAGGGCGCCCUGCACCCGCUCACCAGGAGCCUCGCCGCCGAGUGGGCGCCGCACGGCGUGCGCGUCAACUGCGUCGCGCCGGGAGCCAUCGACACCGGCAUGUUCAGCGCCACGCUGAGCGACCCCGGCAGGGCGCGGAGGCUCGCCGAGAUGGAGGUGUCGCGGGUGCCCAUGCGCCGCUUCGGCACGCCGCAGGAGGUGGCCUCCCUCGUCGCCUUCCUCUGCAUGCCCGCUGCCUCCUACAUAACUGGCCAAGUCAUCUGCAUCGACGGCGGCCGCACCCUCGCCGCCAAACUCUGACGACUAUCGACUUGUCGAGUCGUCGAGCUUUGCACAUGGACUGCAAAUAACCAAUAAUGCAAGCCUGCCUGUUUGUUACUUUGAUGCAGUGACUGCAAAUAAACAUCCCAACCGGUGGAUGCUGGAUGUAAACUGAGAGGGAUGAUUCACUUGUUUCAUUCAUUCACAAUACACCUAAGUUGCAGCACAGCCA